AUGUCGCUCAAUAACAGCUUGUUUAUUUUGCUUCCGCAUCUCCAUGAAGCGCUACUCCAGCUGCGUCACGCGUGCCUUGAUCUUCAAGAAGCUCGGUUAUUCGAUUUUGAGCACCCCACAGCAUCCGGAGAAGCCGCUCCAUGGGAUGCCGAUGCCCAGCAACAGAAGACAUACACAUUAGCUGAGUUCUUACAGAGACUGAAGGCCCAGAAGACUCGAGUUGAGCGGCUUGUGGAUCACUUUGUCUCGGAUGCCGAAAUGACAGCAAAGCACGCGUGUGAAAAGUAUCUGUACUCAUUCCUUCAAAAUACUGGCUUCAACAGUAUUAAAUCAGGCGGCAAUGGAAGACCACGAUCGUCAAUUAUUGCAGCCCAGCGGAAAAAUAGUACGGCUAUUCGAGAUGAUGCGAGUGAACCGAAGCCGAUGACUUACACUGAGCGUGCAACCAUGAAAACGCAGUGCCGCCGCAUCACCAAGUUUCUUCGGGUGGUGGAGUUUUUGCUCUCAGAUGCAAUGCUGCGGAUGGCCAUCUCGUCCACCGUGCAUCUUCGGAAUGCACUGGCGAUAUACAGCCGUAAAUUAGACGAUGAUGAGGAAUUAGAAGACGAAGGUUCACGAUGCGAAGAAAUUAAACGGAGCGCAACCUUUCCUACGAUACCUCGCUCAACCAGCCAACCCCUUUUGCGUGUCGAGGUUGUGCUUCAAGCUUCCACAACAUCUCUGUAUAGUAGAACGGACGCAUCCGACCGCAAUCGCGGAACAAGAAUGAGCACAGUAUCUGGAGAUAUCUUUACAGACAUACCAGUCACAUGUGAAGAACCAAUGGAGAUGCUUGAGUUUAUUCCUAGCAAGGAAAAACUUCGGUCGCAGCUCGAAACAAUGGUGUUUAACGGCCUUUCGGCUGUAACGAACCGAGACAGGUUGAUACGCAACUCGAUGUUUAAAGUUUAUGUGGAGGCGAGUAUGGAGAACAGUAUCCAAGGCGAGGACGGGGAUAAUGAUGGCGGUGAAAUAUCUAGUGAGCGAAUGGACCUGGACAUUUUGAUCAUGGAAGACAGUGUUUUUGUGGAGACUCUACAGAGUCUGAAUACAAUCGUUCUGGAUGCGUACGAUCACGCAGAAGAAAACUGUGGAGGGCUAGCAAUUUUCCUGGACAGGUAUCAAGAAAACGGAAAGUUUUGCAAGCAACUGUCAGAUCCGUCGCGCUACCUGAGCACGGAUGUGCACGACUUUCGAGGAUACCUUGACAAAUUACUGCAAGAAGCGCACGAGGUGGAUCUUGUAGCUGAUUGUGCUCCAUGCCGACUGUUACUGCUGGACCGAGUGAGGUUAAAUGGGUAUCUCAAACCUUCGCCACGAAAGUGUUUGGAUGGUCUCUACAAGCUAAUUCCCAAUGUGCUCCACCAGCUGAAUGACAACCUAACAAACGAGUAUACUGUCGCAAACGAUCGAAUCAGCACAAUCCCGACAACCGUCAAAGCAUUUUCAGAAUCAUUGGCGCUGUUGCGCGAGCUGCAGAUUGGUCAAGACGACAUGGAGGGAAAAUACAACGAUGUUAGAAGCUUGUAUCACUUACUGGAAGAGUAUCGGGUGAAAAUGACCGACGCAGACCAAGUGAAUUCUUUCGUCCUCACGCAAAAGAGAUCCCAGUUGAAAGCGUCGAUGGAUCUUUUCGAAAACAAUUGUGACCAAUACGUGGCGAAAUUCAGUGUUGAACUCGAGGCGCGCUUGCCAGGUCUCGUGUCAGAUCUUACAAAUGUCGCCAACGCGCUUUCAAAUCCGAUUUUGUUCGAUUUAAAGUCCGAUACCAACGAUACGAUCGUCUACCUCACGCAAACUGAAGAGGAUGUCCUACAACUCGAAACUGCUGUGAAGCAGCACUUUGAUUAUGAAAAAACGCUUGGUCUACCCAUGACAACUGCAUUUGAUGAGGUGGACGAGCUGAAGGCGGAUUUGGCUUUAAAAAUCGCUUUAUGGAAAGCCUAUCGAGAAUGGAGUGAUGCCGUUUUCUCGUGGGAGAAACAACAGUUCCCAGAUAAAAUAGAUUAUGGCUCGAUUACAGAGCACAUAGAGCGCCUUUACGCUCAAAUUACGAAAUGGGAACAGAAACUAUCGGAGGGAAUGGGGCCCUUGUGUACACAUCUGAAGUCAGGUGUGGAGGAAUAUCGCGUUACGAUGCCGAUUUUGUCAGAUUUGUGUUGUCAGAGUUUUGAGGAGCGUCAUUUUGUCCAGUUGCGUGAGCUUCUUGGCUUCAAUAUCCGGCAUUUAGGUGCGAGCUCUGGUUCCUUAAACACGUCGGUUAUCACGCUCGGAGAGCUCGUGAAGAUGCACUUGGCUCCUUUUGGCCCCCAAGUUAGCCGAAUUGCGUCAGACGCAGCGCAGGAACGGCAACUAAAGGAUAUGCUCUCUAAAAUCGUCACCCUUUGGGAUCGCUUGGAGUUCGACGUCAAACCGUUUAAGAAAUCCAAGGACUACUACAUCCUCGACUCAAUUGAGAGUGUCUACACGAUGUUGGAAGAAUCCUUAGUGAACAUGACCGCAGUACUAAACUCAAAGUUCGUUGCCCCCAUCAAAGACACAGCAGCGAUGUGGCAUAAACGACUGCUUCUGUUUCAAGAAACUUUUGAUGCUUGGAUCGAGUGUCAGCGAAAGUGGAUGCAUCUCGAAACAAUUUUUUCGGCACCUGACAUACAGAAACAGCUUCCGAAUGAAGGCGCUACGUUUAUUGGGGUCAACCAGUUCUGGAAAGACUUGAUGAGGAAAACACGGGAUCAGCGGGGCUGUUUAAAGGUGACAGGAGCUAUAUUGAUUGGCGCGUCUAGUGGGUCUAAGAGCUACCAGGAUGGUAGCAGUAGUAGCGUUGGCAGCAAUGGUGGUGGUGUGGGACAGGCGCUGGUUGACAACCUCACAAAGCACAAUGCAUCUCUCGAGCGGAUAGAGAAAUCGCUGGAAGACUACCUGGAAAUGAAGCGGCGAUCGUUCCCGCGGUUUUACUUCAUUUCGAACGACGAGUUACUAGAAAUGCUAGCGCACGCAAAGGAACCCCAAAUCGUUCAACGCCACUUACCGAAGUGCUUCGAUGCCAUAGCAAAGCUGGAUAUCAGCGGUGAUGCAGCGCAUGGAAGCUCUAGCUCUCAAGACAUCGUGGCAAUGCUCAGUCCCGAAGGUGAACGUGUUGCUUUCGGACGAAUUGUAAAAGCUCGUGGGAAUAUCGAGGAUUGGCUUAAUGCUGUUCUCGUUAAUAUGAAGGUGACACUCCACAAGCACGUAAAAAGCUGUUUGGCAGACUACCAGCACUCGUCAAGGGAAACGUGGCUAUUUCGUCACCCUGCGCAAGCCGUUGCAGUAGUAUCCUACAUCAUUUGGGCCAAAGAAUGCGAAUGCUGCUUCCGGUCACGGUCUCAAAACCCUGUUCAGGAGCUGUCUCUCUGGCACCAAACCAUUUGCACGCAGUUAGGUAAUCUCACUCGACUGGUGCGAACAAAUUUGACUUCCGUUCAACGGAGAGUUGUGGUAUCACUGGUGACGACCGAUGUUCACUUUCGCGAUAUUGUCGAAUCUUUGGUGAUCAAGAAUGUUACGGACGCGAACGAUUUCUUAUGGCAGCAGCAGCUUCGAUACCAAUGGUAUGCAGAUCGCGACGAGUGUGAGAUUUACCAGGCCAACUGCAGAAUCAAGUAUGGUUACGAGUACAUGGGCGCUUGUAGUCGCCUGGUAAUCACCCCGUUAACUGAUCGCUGUUGGAUGACAAUCACAGGCGCAUUAGAGUUACGUUAUGGUGCGGCACCCUCUGGUCCUGCUGGAACAGGAAAGACUGAAACAUCGAAAGAUCUCGCUAAAGCAUUAGGUAUUUUAUGCAUUGUGAUCAACUGUAGCAACCAAAUGAGCUGCUCAAUGAUGGGGAGUAUUUUCAAUGGUGUGACUCAAGCUGGAGCUUGGGUGUGCCUGGAUGAAUUCAACCGCAUCGAUAUUGAAGUGCUGUCGGUCGUGGGGCAACAAAUGGCGGUGCUGAGGAAUGCGCGACUUAUGAAUUCCGCCGACGUCGUUCUGGAUGGGAAAUGCGUUCCUUUGCGUGACCACCACGUCAUCAUUACUAUGAAUCCAGGUUAUGUCGGGCGCACUGAGUUGCCUGACAACCUGAAAGUCUCGUUUCGGCCAGUUGCCAUGAUGGUGCCGGACUACGCUUUGAUCGCUGAAAUCCUGCUAUUUGCCGAAGGUUUCUUGCUCGCAAAGUCCCUUUCGAGAAAAGUGACGAAACUAUACAAAUUAUGCAGCGAACAACUUUCUCAGCAAGCCCAUUACGACUUUGGUAUGAGAGCUGUGAGAACCGUCCUGACUAUGGCGGGUUCUUUGAAGCGCUCGUCUGCAAUUAACGCGGCUUCUGGAUCAUCUUCGAAGAACGUAACAGCUACUGACCCAGCAACGAGGUCGAAUGACGAAGAUGUCAUUCUGAUUAAAGCAAUGGUUGGUGCAAACACACCAAAGCUCACAGACGAUGACAAUAGACUGUUUCAAGGAAUUAUCAGAGAUUUAUUCCCUGACACUCUGUCAUCUCUAGGCACUGUUGAGUGUACCGGACUUAUUGAAGGUGUUGGGGUAUUCUCUCCAUCAUCUGGGCAGGGUAGUUCGAACGGGAUGGUCGCUUUGGAGGAGGAAAUCGAGGAGCAGCUUCGACUAGCUGGUCUACAAGAACCUCGGCAAUGGAUCGGGAAGUUGCUACAGUUAUUUGCGACGUUGGAAGUUCGUGUCGGUGUUGUUCAGACUGGAUCAACUGGCAGUGGGAAAAGUACUGCUCUGAAGAUGUUGUCUGCAGCCGUCAGCGCAUUACGUGAGCGAAUGGCGCAUCCGGACGUGCGUUUCCAACGAGUGAUGACAUUUACGUUAAACCCCAAGUCCAUUUCUAUGGUUGAGCUAUACGGCUUUUUCCACCCGAUUACCCGCGAGUGGACCGACGGGUUAGCGUCAAAGUUGCUUCGCACGUGUAUAAUGGAGAAGAAUGAGGAAAUUCUAGCACGGCAGUCAGUAAAUCAAGCAAACGGUGGCGGCAGUGAUCCGUCGACGUGGAACUUGCCGUUCUAUUGGAUUAAUUUUGAUGGUCCGAUCGAUGCACACUGGAUCGAGAGCAUGAAUACUGUCCUAGAUGAUAACAUGACGCUCUGUCUGGCGAACGGCGAGCGCAUCAAACUUCUACCGAAGAUUCAGCUUCUGUUUGAAGUUGCCGAUACAACCGCAGCAUCACCUGCUACCAUCAGUCGACUUGGCGUGGUUUACUAUCAUCCGAAUUGCCUCGGCUGGAAGCCGUUCGUCGAGACAUGGACGUCCAAGCUUCUUGCUCCAGUCGCGGACGCAACCUCUCCAUCGGCCCCAAUAGAAUCCUCACAGACACCACUCAGUACCAAGGCGAAAAACCGAGUUCUCAAGCACUUUGAGCUGUUCGUGGAACCAGGCCUGGCGUUUAUUCAUUCCGUGUCUUCAUCAUCGAGCACAUCCUCGCAAGUUCCUAUUACUACCUGCGACUUGGCGUUUGUCGCAACUAUUUGCCAUAUCUUCCAGGCGCUUCUAGCUCAUCGAGCACCUCCAGAGAUUUUUGCGACAACACCGGUCCUGAAAAGUAACCCUUCUGAUGCAGCAUCGCCAGAAUUAUUGCUGUCUUUGGAAGACCAGCGGAACCGAUGUUUGGAUCUCAUGUUUAUCUUCAGCUUCGCGUGGGCCAUCGGCGGUAACCUGAAUCUUGACCAAGUGAAGACUGAUUUUCAAGAGUUUCUUGACAGAUUGAUCUCUUUGAACGAGCACCAUCUAAGUCUAGAUGUCAUGGCAAUUGACGGGAAAAUCCGAACACCCGCAGGAAUAUCACAGGCUACAGGAGACGUACAAGACUUUUUCAUCGACUUCAAGUAUUUGAGUUUCUCCCCCUGGGCUAGCGCUUGCUUGGACCAGCCUCAACCAAGUGAAAUAGUAGGUGGCAGCCUUCUUGUCUCGACGGUGGAUGUCUUAAAGUACCGCUACCUAGUGGAAUUGAUGACAAUCGAUGCACGACAACCAAUUCUCUUGACUGGCGCGACGGGAUCGGGCAAGUCAGCAAUUGUGCACAACAUUCUGGAUCACCACGCGCGGAUUGCAGCCGAUAUCGAUCCAACGAAUUCGAAUACAGAGUCACCGCUCUCGGCAAUUCCACACGGAAAAAUACUGCCGCUGAUCUUGAAUCUGUCUGCUCAGACAUCGAGUGCUGGUGCUCAAUUGAGUAUCGAGAGCAAGUUUUCCAAGAAACGCAGAACAAUACUUGGAGCACCUGUCAAUAAGCAGCUCGUCGUUAUUUUCGUGGACGAUGUUAAUAUGCCGACCACCGAAAAAAGCGGCGCUCAGCCUGUUGUUGAGCUUUUAAGAGAAUUUUUGGAAAAUGGUGGACUUUAUGAUCGUGAACGAUUCUUCUGGAAAGAUAUUAACGACUCGGUGCUCAUUGCAGCUGGUGGGCUACCAGGAGGAGGCCGUCAAACCCUUUGCCCGCGCUUCGUAAGACAGUUUGCUGCGGUGUUAUGUCUACCUAGCUGUGAUUCAGCGGCUAUGAAGACUAUUUUCAACUCUAUCCUCGCGUCACAUAUUACAACUUGCGGAGGCAGCACUGUUUUCAUCAAAACUGUGAAGGAUACGAUUCUUUUGACUGCAGAUGCAACGUGCCAAUUGUUUCAACGAGUUGUAGAGGGACUACCUCCAACCCCCACAAAGUGUCACUACACCUUUAACUUGCGGGAUGUAACUAAGCUUAUGCUAGGUAUUGUGCUCGGUACUCGUACAUGUGGACCACCCGUGAGCUCUAAGAAAGGAGGCGCACAAUCUACCUGCAGUCUAACUGCACAAACUGUGGUCAAUUUGUGGGCACACGAGGCGAUUCGAGUUUUCCGAGACCGUUUGAUGGACUGCACUGAUCGACGAUGGUUUUCUGAGCAACUAGUGGAGGUGGCGAAUAAAAUAUUCGGUGUUUCAUGGACAUCCGAUACCAUUGGCGUUGAUUGUACGACUGACCGACGGAGAACACAAAGCUCUAUCGAUAGUGGAAAAUCACCCAAGCAGGAGCACAGUACUUUGCUCUUUUCACCGCGACGAGUUGACGAAGCUUCCCACUCUUCAGCUAACAUCGUGAAAUACGACCAGGUCGGUGAUCUUAAGCAGUUCAAAAUGUUUCUGAAUGGACAGAUUAAGGAAUACAAUUGCAGCCCGACAGUGCAGACAUCCUGUCGCCCUGCGCUAGAGCUAGUGCUGUUUGAGGAUGCACUUAUACACACCGCUGCUAUCGCGCGGAUUUUGAUACAGCCGCGAGGACAUGCUUUACUGCUUGGAAUGGGGGGUUGUGGUAAACGAUCUCUUGCGAGAUUAGCUGUGUUCUUAACAGGGUACUACUGCUUCGAGAUUGAAUUGCGUAAAGGCUACGGCUUGGGAGAGUUUCGAGAAGAUUUAAAGCAGAUGAUGAAGCUGGCAGUAUUGGGGGACACGGGGGAGGGUCCUUCGACUCGCCAGGUUUCAAGCAUUGAUGCUGUGCCGACAGUGUUUUUAUUGGAUGACUCGCAAUUGACUUCGGAUGUUUUUCUUGAAGAUGUCAAUAUUAUUCUGAAUGGAGGGGACAUCCCCAAGCUGUUUACGCCUGAAGAAAUGGAGCGCAUUAUCAAUGAUGUAAGAACUUUGCUUGAACGAAAUAUCAGUGACGCGAGAAGAUCGGAGGUUGGUGAACUCUCGCGAAAAGACUGCGAAGAUUAUUUCCACAUGAUGGUGCGCGCUUCACUUCAUUUCGCUCUGUGCAUGAAUCCUCUUGGAGAAUCUUUCCGUGCACGUGUACGUCAAUUCCCAGCACUUAUUAACUGCACCACCAUCGACUACUUUGACGAAUGGCCUAAAAGCGCGCUUGAAUAUGUUGCAGACUUCUAUCUCUCUCAGGAAGAGUCUCAAGCUCAACCUAGGAGUGGCCCUAGUAUAACACGAGCAAAUACUCGUGACUUCGGGAGCUCUUCAAUGAUCCGAUCAGCUGUAACAGCGCUUUGUGUCGACGCUCAUCUAUCUGCUACUGCUUCGUUGGCGACUUUCCUUGUGAAGUGCCGACGCCGUGUCUACAUCACGUCGCAACAUUAUCUCGAUCUUAUAUCGCUAUUUCGGCGGAUACACCGAGAGAAGAAAGCACAAUGGGAAACAAAGUUACAGCGAUUGAUGGCCGGCGUGGUCAAGCUGGAAGAAACUAACUCUCUCGUGAGUACUCUACAGGAAGAGCUAGUUGUCCUUCAACCAAUACUAGUCAGUAAGACCAUGGAAGCCGAGGAACUCCUCCGUCAAGUCGCAAUCGACCAAGCAGAAGCUGAACAAGUGGCUCAGCGCGUCCGAUCUGAUGAAGCUGUAGUGAAGCAACAACAACGAGAUGUUGCGGUUUGCCAAGCUGAUGCGCAGAGUGAUUUAGACCAAGCAUUGCCAGCUCUUAAUGCUGCUGUUGCAGCUUUGGAUUCGUUAGACAAGAAAGAUAUCUCCGAAGUCAAGGGCUUUGUAAAGCCUCCACAAGCUGUGCAAGUUGUAAUGGAGGCCGUAUGUAUCAUGCUGGGGGAAAAAGCGGACUGGGACAACAGCAAGCGUAUCUUGUCUCGCAGCACGUUUAUGGCUGAGCUCAAAGAGUACGAUAAGGACAGCAUUUCGCCUGCAAUUCUCAAAAGGAUACGCAAAUAUAUUGAGAGUCCGGAGUUUGCAGUGGAUGAAGUCAAGAAGGUGUCACAUGCAGCGAUGUCGCUGUGUAUGUGGGUGCACGCCAUCGAUACGUACGCUCGUGUUGCAAAAGAAGUCGUUCCAAAGCGUCAGCGUCUGGCUGAGAUGAAUUCUGUGCUCGAAGGUGCAAAUACGAAACUAGAAGCGAAACAACAAGAGCUGACUAAAGUGAUGGAUAAAGUGCGAAAACUGAAAGAAAAAUGUGAUGCCGCACUGACAGAAAAGCAACGGCUACUGGACGAGUCAGUACUGACGCAGUUACGCUUAAAGAACGCUGAAAAGCUAACCGAAGGUCUCAGUGAUGAGCGCAUACGCUGGAAAAAUAGUAUCGCACUUCUCAAGCAGGAAGGAAGCUCGAUUCUGGGAGAUUCGUUUCUGGUAGCGGCUUCCAUGUCGUAUCUAGGGCCUUUUGACGGCGAGUUUCGAGGCCGCCUUCUCUCUCGGUGGUCGGACACGACUAGGUCGUCAGUUGGCGUGUCACCAUCCUUUACUCUUGCUAAUGCGUAUGGAGACACUCGUGAGCUUCGCGAAUGGCAACUGCAGGGUCUUCCAAGUGAUAGUUUCUCGACUGACAAUGCUCUAUUCGCCUUAAAAAGUAAACAGCGUUGGACGUUGAUGAUUGACCCGCAACAACAAGCAACACAAUGGAUAAAGCGAUUGGAGGCAUUCCAUCAGUUGGAAACAGUGAAAGCAGACGACCAAAACUUAAUGCAAGUUGUCGAAGAUUCGCUCGUUGGUGGGAAACCAAUACUAAUUGAAGAUGUGACCGAAACACUGAACCCGUCUCUGGAGCCUGUGGUUGCAAUAAAACCAUCACAACGCUCAGCAGACAGUAAAAGAACGACCAGAAAAGUGAAUGUGAAACUGGACGAUCGGUUUGUGGAGACUGAUGCAGAACUCUUUCGUUUGUACUUGACAACGAAGCUGGCCAACCCUCAUUUCGUCCCUGACGUGUAUAUAUAUGUCAACGUUAUCAACUUCACUGUCACCAGUGACGGCUUAGAGGAACAGCUUCUUAGUGAUGUUGUUCGACGUGAGCGCAUGGAGGUUGAAGAGCGAAAGCACACCCUCUUGGCGAGUAUAGCGCGAGAUCAAAAGCAGCUGCAAGAUUUGGAGAUUCGAAUUCUCAACCUUCUCUCUGACGCCAAGGGAAAUAUUCUGGAUGAUGUUGAGCUGAUACGAACUCUCGAGACGUCAAAGAAAACGUCUACUGUGGUGGCUCAGCGACUUGCCGAGUCGGAAGUGACGAAACAGGAAGUUCUACUAAUUCGAAAUCAGUACCAAGACGUCGCAGUUCGCGGUGCCAUGCUCUUCUUCGUCAUUGCAGACUUGGCUGAGAUCGACCCCAUGUACCAGUUCUCGUUGGAAUAUUUCAAUCGACUUUUUGUUAAGAGUUUGAACGAGGCACCUGUGAAACGAAAUCUACCUGAGCGAUUGGAAAGCUUGAAGCAUCAUAUUACACUGGCGGUGUACCGGAAUAUCUGCCGAGGUCUCUUUAAAGCGCACAAACAGCUUUUUGCUCUGGUCAUUUGCUUGAGAGUCAUGGUCAAGGCACACGAACUCAAUCAGCGAGAUUUUGCACUCUUAGACCGCUCGGCGGAGGAUGCUGACACGCCUAUUUCAGUUGAAGCUGUACCCCCAACUACCGUGAUAGACAACUGCUCAAAUGAUGGUGCAAUUGGGGACCCCAAGCAAAGUUUUGAUGCAGUUGAUCGCGUAUUUCUUGCACUUUCUCGACGCCAACCGGGUUUUACUGAGCUCUUGGAUUCUUACUAUCGGGACAAUAUAGCGUGGACUACCUGGAUUGCGAGUGAGAAUCCAUAUCUAACUCGGCUUCCUGAAGAUUUGGAUAAAACUUUGCCUCGCUUUAAACGUCUUGUGCUUGUGCGCUGGUUGCGCGAAGAUGCGUUUAUGACGGCAGUAAGGUGUUUUAUCGAAGAAGCGCUGGGUGCAGAUUUUAUAGACGGUCCCAGUGCAGAGAUGGAGAUCAAAGAUGUCUACAAUGAUAUCGACAAAUCUACGCCAUGCCUGUUUAUUCUGUCGCCUGGGGCAGACCCUAUAUCAACGUUAGAGCGCUAUGCCCGGGAGAUAGGUAUCGAUGAAGACAAGUAUCGCGUUAUCUCUCUGGGCCAAGGACAAGGUCCGAUAGUGGAAGCGAAACUGGUGGAGUGCAAAACGCAGGGAUACUGGCUUAUUCUUCAGAAUGUGCAUCUGGCUAAAUCAUGGUUACCUGAGCUUCAGACGCUGCUUACAGGCAUCAAGAUAGAGGCACGGAAUGGAGAAAUUCACGAAGACUUCCGAUUGUUCCUCGCAUCCUUCCCAGCGACGUACUUCCCCAUAUCAAUCCUUCAAAACAGCGUGAAAGUGAUGACGGAGUCUCCAAUCGGUGUGAAAGCCAAUUUACAGCGCUGUAUGACGCUCAUGAAACAGAUGAAUACAGAUGGGAACAACUUAAGCUUGGCUUCAAAUGGAUCAAUGAAGCUUCGUCUUGCUUUCGGACUCAGUUUCUUCCACGCAAUUGUACGAGAGCGUUCCAAGUUCGGGUCUCUGGGCUGGAACCUUAAGUACGACUUCAGUGACGCUGACUUCGUGAGUGUAGUAACUCUGCAACGUCGGCUUCUUGAUGGUGCGGCAAAGAUGUUGGCGGCCAACGAAAGUACCAGUGAGGUUGAAGCAAGUGAGGAUAGUACGAGCGAUGCUCCAGAGCCACGUUCGAGAAGCACGUUCCUUCACUUAGAUGCGGUGCCGUGGGACGCACUGCUCUUCUUAGCUGGAGAGAUUUACUAUGGCGGCCGUGUCACGGAUGAAUUCGAUCGUCGGUGUCUGAUGGCGGUGCUGAGGCGAUUUUGUUCGGAGUCAUGUUUCAAGCGUAAGUCGUGCAAAAAUCUCCAAAGUAAGACGGCGAUCCGACGCAUGACAAAGGCAAAGAGUGCUUCGCUCUUGGAAAAUAAUAUUAUCUCAUCCAGUGAUGGAAGUUUCUUCGCUCCAGAAUUUCACAGCGAGGACGACAUGGCACGUUUCGUCGACGGUCUUUCUGACAUGGAUGGACCGCAUGUGUUUGGCAUGCAUCCGAAUGCAUCUAUUUCGUACCAAAGACAAGAAAGCAAUCGGUUUGUAAGACUACUGAUGCAGCUACAGACUAGCGGGGAGGAUUUAUCAUCUCUGGACAAUUCUACAAGUGACGUAGCGGAUGACGCAGAAGUUGUAGACAAGGGUCAGACUGUCAUGGAGUUAUCCAAAACAAUUCAGGAGAAGCUCCCACCACCAGCGACGCUAGACAGCGUCGAAGCUUGUCUGUUAAGCCGCACGCGUGAUAAUUGGCAGGAUCCACUUCAUGUUGUGUUGCGGCAGGAGGAAGUUGCAUGCCACAAGGUUGUUCGACUCGUCGAUGCGAGUUGCGUUGAGUUGCAGCAUGUCAUACAAGGCACAGCGGUUAUGUCGACAACCAUAGAGCAAACGCUGCAUAGUAUUGCAGCUCAACAGGUACCUCUAGGUUGGCUUGCCAACGAUAUUCAUUCGUUAUCUGCGACGGAAUCUUUAUCACAAUGGGUGAAGAAUUUACUCAAUCGCUGCGAGUUCUUACGUCACUGGGCUGAACAUGGGCGCGUGCCAGGAAGCGUGUUCCCCUUGCCAUAUUUUGCAUUCCCGCAGGGAUUGUUUACUGGAAUUCUUCAACGAUACUCUCGAAAGCACGGAAUCCCGAUUCAUUUUUUAGAUUUCAAGUUUCGGCGGAUGACGGCGUGUACCUGA